UUUAGGGGUGCUGAGAUUCAAUGGCAUUGAAAUGUGUUAAGUUUAGGUACUUUUGUGUAUAAAAUGUAAUAUGUUAUGCAGUACGCAAAAUCUAUUGGAGUAAAAUACCAAUUGAAAGUAAUAUGUUGCUGUGCAAAGUUGUGGAAGGGUUGGAGUAUAUUGCCAUUAAGUAUGUACGCCUUCCGCGUUAAAGUGGCAUCGUCCGGACCAGUAGAGAGGCGCGCGGGAAGAUGGCGGAUAAGGAAAAAAAGAAAAAGGAAAGCAUUCUAGACCUCUCUAAGUAUAUAGAUAAAACUAUUCGGGUGAAAUUCCAGGGUGGAAGAGAAGCAAGCGGAGUCCUGAAAGGGUUUGACCCUCUAUUGAAUCUUGUACUGGAUGGCACUAUAGAAUACAUGAGAGAUCCAGAUGACCAGUACAAAUUAACAGAAGACACAAGACAGCUUGGACUUGUUGUUUGCAGAGGGACAUCGGUAGUUCUAAUAUGUCCACAGGAUGGAAUGGAGGCUAUCCCUAACCCCUUUAUUCAGCAACAAGAUGGUUGAUUUCCCAUACUAAAGCUCAAUUUAAGCCUCAGGUCCAGAACCGCCAGAUUCCUUUGGGAUAUACCAUACUUCAAGUUGAAGAUCAUGAUUUGUGUGUUAGGAUGGGGUUUUUUUGUUGUUUUU